AUGACUUCUAUUGCAUCUCACCCCCAGCUGUCCGCCGACUUUCCACAGGCGCCUGUGGACGAAGAGUCCUGGAACGUCGACCGAGUGGUUCAGUCGGUCACUAAUGCCAGUAAAAGGCUCUCUCAAAUAUCCACAAACACAAACAACUCCAACAAAAAACGCAAAAGUCAGAACCGUAUCGGGCCUUGGAAGCUUGGCCGUACCCUAGGACGAGGCUCCACUGGAAGGGUCCGCUUGGCGAAGAACAUCAAUACCGGCAAGUUGGCUGCUGUUAAGAUUGUUCCCAAGUCCAACUUCAAGAAACUUGAAAACCCCAAGUACAGAAACUUGGCGGGUAGAAACUUACCAUACGGAAUUGAACGUGAAAUCAUUAUAAUGAAGCUCAUCAACCAUCCCAAUAUCAUGGGACUAUUUGAUGUUUGGGAGAAUAAGAACGAUUUGUAUCUCAUUCUCGAGUAUAUUGAAGGAGGUGAGCUUUUUGAUUACAUGAUUAAAAGAGGUAAAUUGCAAGAAUAUGAGGCCGUCAACUACUUCAAGCAGAUCAUCCACGGUAUCAGUUACUUGCAUCAAUUUAACAUAUGUCACAGAGACUUGAAGCCUGAGAAUUUACUUCUUGAUUUCAACAAAAACAUCAAGAUUGCUGAUUUUGGUAUGGCUGCCUUGGAAGUGAAUGAAAAGUUACUUGAAACCUCAUGUGGUUCUCCACAUUAUGCUUCACCUGAGAUUGUCGCUGGUAAAAACUAUCACGGGGCUCCUUCUGAUAUCUGGUCCUGUGGAAUUAUUUUAUUUGCCUUGUUAACAGGGCAUUUACCAUUUGACGAUGAAAACAUCAGAAAGUUGUUGUUGAAGGUCCAAAACGGCAAGUUCAUUAUGCCUGCUAACUUAUCCGCAGAAGCCAAGGACUUAAUAUCGAGAAUGUUGAGAGUUGACCCUGACCAAAGAAUUACCAUCGAAGGAAUUCUCAAACAUCCAUUAUUAACUAAGUAUCCUAACAACUUACCCUCUAGUGCUGGAGGUAUUGGUUAUCAUAAUCUCAACAUCAAACCCCUCAAUAGUUCCAAUAAGGUAGAUAAGGAGAUCUUAAAGAACUUAUCGAUUUUAUUCCACAACUGUGACGAAGAAGUUAUAAUGAGUAGGUUGUUAUCUCACGAAAAAAAUCCUGAAAAGGUGUUCUAUUACUUGUUGAUGAAAUAUAGAAAUGACCACAUUGAUGAUAACCUUGAUUUGUCGAGUGGGUCGAUCAUAAAGUCUAGUUCAAGAUCUCCAGAAAAGCUGUUGAAGAAAUCGACCUCUUCUAAAAAGGCUUUGAAUAACAUCACCAACACUUCAAAUUCCUUCAAGGCAUCCAAUUCGUUCAACAAAAAGAAAUCAAUGAAAUUGAAUGAGAGUAUUACCAUUUCACGGUCCAGCUCCAAACCAGUUCAAAAGUUAACUAGAAAAUUAACUGGUAACGAAUUGAGUAAGAUGAUUCAUGAUGAUAAAGAGAAUAACAUAUCGGCCAUGGAAAGACAUGAACGCAGAUUGGCUAAGAAGGUCCAUGACAUCAAUGAGGCCAGGGCAUUGAAGUAUGAACAAGAAAAGCAGAAAGAAAGUGAACAACUGACAAUUCCCUCUCAUAGCUUUUUGUCUACCGAUGAGGACUCAGACCUUUCCCAGAAAGACAGUAAUCUUGAGCACUCAGACACAGAGCCUUCAGGUAAACGGCUCCCUCCAAAUGCCGCUGUUUUGUCUGCUUCCCCCAGAAGAAAUGUCACCGAACCUCCUUUACCAUCUCAAUCUCUUGACCCCCGUAUUGCUGGUAUUAGUUCACUCUUGAGAGCAAAAUCGUUGGCGGCACCUUCUUCAUAUGCCUCUUUGAGACGUACAGGAGUCAAUGAAAACACAACUAAAGUGUUGAAGAACUUAGGGAUCGAGCUCAACCAACCAUUCUUGGUCAAGAAGACGGUGAAAACAUCUAGUUCUAUGAGAUUAUCGAGCUUCAUUGAUAAAGAGAACAUGAACAUUUCCUUGAAGGAGUUCAACGUGUUGGAGAAACCGGUGGCUAAACCCGCUCAGGAUGCGGUGACUAAACCCUCUCAGGAUGAGGUGCCUAACCUAACCCCAAAGUACUCCUCGCUUUUGUCUGAUGAUAAGGAAGGUACUAGAAAGAAACUGACACCUCCCACUUCGGCUUUACCAAACAGACCCGAUGCUCCUAAAGGCAUAGUGUUGACGACAGAAGCAAUUACUUCUGCUCAAAAGAUGUCACCUGUGAGAUCUACUUUCCAAGCAACUUCUACCAACUUGUCUCAGGUGUUCAACUCCAAAAGACCCAUGAUUCCUAAUCCACGAUUUUCGAGAUUCUCCUUUAAUGGGUUGCUUAACCUGUUUAACCCUGAACUGGAGAUCUACAAUAAUGUGAAUGUCAAGAGCGAAAGUGGCACUGUUGUGCGUCACAAGUCCAAGUCUCAACUCAAGAAGUCCACUACUAUCGAUUUGAAGGGAUUAGCAACCAGCUACAACAAAGAUGAUGAGUUCAUUUCGGUUUCUGUAAGUGACAAUGAAGAGGAAACGAACAACACAACGUUGAUGAGGAAUGCCAUUACUGAUCAAGGUAUUAUUCAGGAGAACGAGCCCGAUGCUAGCAUUCUGCGGCAAAACAUCUUGGAUACAACCUCUUUGGCUGAUACCAUUAAUGUUGAAGAGAACGAAUCCAACGAAUUUGAAAUCAGCAAACACGAACAGGAUUUCGACGACGAAGAUGAACAGGGCUCUGAUACUGAAGUGGACUCUCGGGCGUAUGACCGUGAUACUUCGUCGAGUUACCAGGAGAAUAAUGAUAAUUAUAGAGAUCUGCAACAAGGCCAGCUUGAUUCGGAGGAUAGAAGUUUCAAUCAAGAAGAUAGAAGCUUUAAUCAAGAGAGAAGCUUUGGCCAAGAUGAAGGAAGCUAUAACCAAGAGGAUAAUGAAAGCAGUAGGCACCGGCCUCAACAGUUGGAGUUGGAUGACCAUCAAGGUACGAUAUCCACCAUCAUGUCUCAGCACGCCCUUUUAAUGACCAAACCAAUCAAGCCAGUGUCCUUAGUUGAGGCAAACCUGCCGUUAUCUUCGCCCGUCACUGAAACGGCACCGGUGAUUUCAGGUCCUAAACCAGUGGAAAUUCAGCCUUCCAAGCCUGGUCGGGUUCACACAACCGUAUUGAGAAGACUUAGUUUAAGGCCCAAGCGUGAAGCUCCAAAGCCUCCUAUGUCGAAAGACGAGGAACUAGAAGCUCCUAAGGAGAAUUGGUUCAUGAAAAUCAUCCAUUCACUUGGAGGGUCAUCGUCCCCAAAUAACAAGCAGAAUAAGAUCACGACGAUUAACUCGGAACUCUCUUCUGUUGAGCUUCUUGAAAUUAUCCGAACUACUCUUGAGCUCAAGAAAUUCGAAGGCUCGCUUACCCAUUUCAACAUUGACGAAGAGUUUGGUAUUAUAGAUGGGUUGGUUCCCUCGAACUUUGCUAACGGCAGAAAGCUCAAGUUUAAGAUUGAGGUCAUCGAUAUGGUCAACCGAUCAAGCUUACAUUUAAUUAAGGUGAAGGGAUCUACGAAGAGUUUCAAGAACUUGAUCAAGAUCGUUUCGUUCAUCAUCCGGGAGCACGAGAAGAAGCGUUAAAAUAUAUGUAUAGAUAUAAUGAAAAUUGUUAGAUACCUUGAGAUGAAGUCAUUUGGUGGAUUAUGGAGUUUAGAAAAUCUCUGAAAAAUUGAAAAUAAUUGAAUGCUAGAGCUUCACGACGGGACAGAUGCAAACUUGACACAAAGGUGCAGACGCAAACAAAAUCUCAUCAUACUUGCUCCGUAUCUCCGUACACCUCAUCUCAUCUCAUGUCUCUCUUCUCUUGCAUACAUUACACACAAAGAGCAGACCUCCGCGCCGCAUCUCUGCUUCCUAAAAAACCGCUUAUCAUGACUCAUAUAUCUAUGCUCGGCCGAUGUAUUGUCCUAAUCGAGACCCUUCCCGAGUAUGACAGAUCUUAGUGAAAACCUUAAUGAAAAUCCUUCACCUGUCACAUUCAGAAGUAUAGUUUAGAAGGGGUAUAAAACAGGGACUGGCUCCCGUUGUUUCUGUCCUCAUGAGUUUCCGUACGAGAAUUACACAGUUGUUCAAAUCGAACAACACCAGCGACCGAAAAGACAGGUAUCCUGGAAAGGACCACGAAAUAGAGAGUUUGAAGAGAACGCCGAAGCCUAUGGAGAAGAAGGGAUUUUCGAGCAGCACACAAGAGAAGAUGAGGAUAUUGUGAUUAAUUAGAUGGCUUAUAUAUGUAAAAUAAAUAACAAUUAUUCGA